AAAUACCAGCAUGUUGAUUUUGAAUAUCCCGAAUCAACAGGUAGUUUUAAAUUCAAGCCACAAAAUAGCGUUUUCGGAUAGCAGAACUGGAUUGGAACAAUUAGCGAAAAAUGGAGUGCCACAACCAUACUUCCAAAACAACGACUGAUGAUAGAAUCGGGGAGGUUCCUGUGGCCAUUUUCUUAAAAAAUGUAGAAAAUGCAACAAUUCCGGUAGGAAUCGGGCUUGAGCUCGAAGAUGACGGGUCCAAGCGUUGCUGUACUGAGAUCAGUCAGCUAAAUAUACUGGAUUUGAAUGACGAUUGUUUGGAACUUGUUUUUGGUCGAUUUAAAUUAGAAGAGCUAAUUACGCUUGCAAAAACAUGCACCCGUUUCAGCGCAAUCGCCGGAAACGUUGUCAAGCGAAAUAAGCAAUACUUUUCUCAUUGGAUUUAUAUGCCCAAACCCUGUUAUUUUAGUGAUUUUCUAAAGACAUUCGGAUAUGUUCUUGAGCAUUUAACCGUAUCGCAUUGUGUAGAAAUCAAUUUGAUCGCGAUGCACUGCACUAAUCUUAAAGAGCUUACAGUUGGACACUGCAGUUUGAAUAGUCUUACCUUCGAACCGGAGAGCUUAUUGGGCUUCGAAUCACUAGAGCGAUUUUCGAUUAUUUGGUCCGAAAUCAGUCCGUACUUCAUUGAAAGAUUGAAGAAGCUGCGAAACCUACAGCGAUUGGACUUAUCCUAUAGUUAUUUUUUGACGGAAAGCUUACAUAAUUUGACGAACUUGAAACAUUUAAAUCUGAGAGGUACUUUAGUAACGGACGAGUGUUUCUCUUGUUUGGCCAGAAACAACCCAGAUCUUGAACAAUUAAAUAUUUCAGAUUGCAACCAGCUGUCUGCCAAAUCGAUUCAAUGCAUUGCCAAAUAUAUGACCAAGCUAACGUAUUUGAGUUGGAGUCAAUGGUAUUUAAACGAGCCAUACGAGUGCUCCACUGAUAGGCAACAGAUCGUAGAAUCACGACUACUCAAACAACUCGUGAUUGAAGAUAAUAACUACGGAACUGGUGCAAUCGAUUAUCUGCUAAGAAGUUUAGCGAAAUUUGAUCAACUAGAACAACUGGAAUUGAAGAAUCAAAGAAUAUAUGACUACGGUUUAAUUUGUAAUCUGGCUAAUCUUCGAAUUUUUAAGUAUUUGUACAAUGGCUCUUCAGUUAACGAUUUUGAAUUCGCCAAGUUAUGUGCUAAAGAAAAUUUUAUCGAAGUGCACAUAUCAGGCCGUGAACUCAGCGAGGAGCAGCUUGUUAAGUUUAUUGUAAAAAACCGAAGGUUAGAGCUACUGUACGUGUAUAAUUUCAGUAUAAGAAGUAUGGAUUUUAUUAUAUCUGUCCUAAAAACGUUGAAGUGGCAGUCUAAUCACCAGGAAAUUGUUAGAGCUGGGCUGCAGAAACGACGGCUGAAUAUUCAUGUUCAAGAUACAUACAUUCCAAUUGAUACAAUACAGAACUUGUUGGCGGAAAGUGAUCAUCUACUAAAACUGUUCUUCUAUCGCAAUAAAUCGUCAUCGUGGGAACAAAAAUAUGCUUCCUAUAUUAGUCAUGAUAAUUCAUCAGAGUGA